CUGUCGAAAAAGAAGAUGCGCAAAUUGCGGUCGCGGUUUGUUUUUGUCUUUUUUAGAGGAGAAAUUAAGAAAUAAAUAAUACUUAAUCCAGGCUACAAAAAGCAUUUCUGGUUCCGUUUUAGCGAAGCAAGGCCUCAGGUUGUUUAUCUGGUCUUUAUUUAAGGACAGUGAGGAUAACCAGCCAGCCGCUCUCCACACAAACUGAGCCAAAGCCUAGACUGACUGGGUCCUGAUUGUGACAAAGGAGUUCCCUGGGCACCGCAGGAGAGAUGGCAUCAGUGAAAGACAGCAGUCAAACACUCUUGCUGAAUAUCAUCACGAAAGAUAAAGAGGAGGAAGUGAAGAUUUGGGAAUGUGAUGAUUACCCAGGAGAGAGUCCAGAGAUGGCAUCGGUGGAGCCGUCAGAGAGCAGUCAAACACUGGGCCUGAAUGUCACCAUGAAUGAAGAACAGAAGGAAGACAUUGGGGAAUCUGCUGAUCAUGGAGAUACCCCUAACUCCUCUGACCAAGUUGAGACAUUUCCUGCACCAGGGAAGCAACAUCAGAAAGGGAGAAAAGCUAAAAAGUCUCACCACUGCCCACACUGUGAGGAGAGUUUCCCAUUCCUAUCAUAUCUUGAAAGACACCUGCGAAAACAUUCUGGAGAGAAGCCUUAUUCCUGCUCUGUCUGUGGGAGGAGUUUCUCUCAACUGAGUGGCUUGAACGUGCACCAGCGAACACACACGGGAGAGAAGCCUCACCACUGUCCUCACUGUGAGGAGAGUUUCCCAUUCCCAUCAUAUCUUGAAAGACACCUGCGAAAACAUUCUGGAGAGAAGCCUUAUUCCUGCUCUGUCUGUGGGAUGAGUUUCUCUCAACUGAGUGGCUUGAACGUGCACCAGCGAUCACACACUGGAGAGAAGCCUCACCACUGUCCUCACUGUGAGAAGAGUUUCCCAUUCCCAUCAUAUCUUGAGAGACACCUGCGAAAACAUUCUGGAGAGAAACCUUACUGCUGCUCUGACUGUGGGAAAUGCUUCACAACAUCAAGUCAUCUAACCUCUCAUCGGACAGUUCACACAGGGGAGAAGCCUUACUCCUGCUCUGACUGUGGGAAGAGUUUCCCAUUCCCAUCGUAUCUUGAACGACACCUGCGGAAACAUGCUAACCAUUGUCUUAUAUGAAGGUCAUGUGGUGGCAACCAGAGCUGAACAAUACAUUUUGGGGCAGAAGUCAACCCAGCCGGCCAGCAGUCAACCCAGCCAGCCAAACCUUACACUGUUUCUUGUUCACCGGAAUCGUCAUUAAGUAGAAGAGUAAUCGGUUCAAGGCGUAAAGUCAGAAUAGAUUAUCCUUUCCUCCAAAACAUAUAAAUCCCAUAUCAUAUGUUUAUAUGUGCCAAGUGUAUUGAGGGGACACAGGUUACAGUUUGGGCUUAAAGCCUGUUUUGUAUGAAAUCUAAUAAGUGGUGUCCAGGACGAUCUAUGACAAAGCUUUCAAUUAAUGAAUUGAUGGUUUGGGUUCUUGGAGUUAAGUUAUAUUCUCCCAGACGUUCUCCCAGUCAAUAGCCUCAUCCUCAGUAGACAAAGCCUUUACCCGUGAUUAAACCAUUGGAAGAUCUUUCUGCUUUAGUAAUUGAAGAUGAGCGUUAAUAACAUACACAAACCUCUGGACAAGUUCCUCAAAUUUGUACCCCAUGGGACACCAUAGGCGGAAGUGCUGACCGUAGACUAAUAUAAAGAAGUUCCUGGAAACUAAGGAGACCCUCUGAGUUAAAUAUAUCCCCUAGAUUAUUGACCCCUUCUGCAGACCAGGCUUUUGACUCAAAUGGUUUAUUACCGGAAGUAAUAGCCUUGUUAUGCCAUAGAGGGGUAUAGAGAUGCUAUUUCCAGUUACCAACUUCAUAAUCUCUCGUGGACAGAUUUAUGUAAACAUAACUGGUACCGUAUAAUCUGUCGGGAAGGAAUAGGAUGCGUGGGAUAAUGAGCAGCAGUUUUUCGUCUCUGGUUAUUUGGAAAUUAUUUCGCAGGUGUUAGGGUCUUCCGAAUUUCGGAAGGGGAGGGGACAUUCGAUUCGUCACUUGUAAAGAGAGGGGGUGGAGCUCCUCAUCUUCUAGAAUCUCUUAACACAUAUGGACCCAGAAUUUAGUCGUGCAAUUGACCAAUUACACAACACUUUAGUUCUGGAUUAACCGAGUUGACCAUUUACACACUUCUCUACAUUCCUACAAUUCUCUAUUCUAUUAGAGAUAACAGGGCCAGAAUAUAGUGGAACAUGCAUUUCUUAUUAGUUAUACUAGAAAAAGAACACCUCUUCAAUCUAAUAGGGGAAACUACACUGCUCAAAAAAAUAAAGGGAACACUUAAACAACACAAUGUAACUCCAAGUCAAUCA